CACCGCGAUAUUAAACCGGCCAACCUCCUCAUUACACCGGCACCGGGCUGCGGUCUGGGUGCCUCUGCCCUCUACGCCCACGACAAUGACUCUCCCUCCGCCACCGCAGCUGCAGCCGCCUUUGAGCCGGGCAUUCUGCCCUAUCCGCCCGAGACUGUACUCCAGCUCUCCCGUGGUUAUCUCAUUAAACUGGCCGACUUUGGUGUCUCGGCAUCCAUCUCUGCUUUUAAUGAAAGUUAUGAAGUGAGUCCUUCUCCUGCCCUGUCCUGCUCUACUACCUUGCACUGUUUAUUUAAUUUGUUAUUUCAUGGCCGUACGGGGGAGGCAUAA